GGUUUGCCUAUCAUAACCUUAUUGUAACACUUGCAAGACACUUGGAAACAAAAUGGUUAUUGUGCGCAACAGAGUGUUGUGUUUCUAUUUAUGUAAGCUCUAUCACCCUAGUCCCUAUCGCUAUCCCUUACAAUACACCCUUACAGCACUUUAUAGAACAUGAAAAAGGCUCUCGAUCUAAAAGUCACAUAGUUGCCAUACAUGUAAAUCACCAUAUUUGAAUAAUGGAGCCAAGAGGCCAUUGUUCAACAGGAAUAUUGAUUGUUCAUUGAUCAGGAGGAAAUGAUGUCAGAGGAAGCAGCCUUGUUUCCCAGAGUUCUGUCCCACACAGAUAAGCAAAGCACCAGCUAAUUUUUUUUAACUAGAGAGAGGGGCAGGAAGCAUGACAGCAAAGCUUCCGCUAUUGCAAACAAAACAGACAGGGAAAAAAUGGACCAAGCAGGCAGUCUGUCUUGGAAAGAGUUCAGUUCAGUGUGUUGCAGGGUUCAAAUACUUUUAUUUUCUGUAUUAUAAUGGCAUUCAAUGAGACAAAUCAAUUUCUGGAUAUACUACAAUCAUUUAACAUUGAUAACCUAGUCCUAGCCUUCUGUCUGUCCAUGCUGGUGGGCCUCCUGAUUGGAGCUCUGAUCUACAUCCUCCUUACAUGGCUGUUGAGACGCAGAGCCUCCGCCCGGAUUACCAGGCGCCCCAAACAGCAGCACCGCUCAGCCACCUCCCAGCACUCACACAACUUCAUGGCCAGCCGCCUGGGCCUCUACCGGAACCCAGUGUUCGACCGGCGCAGCGACAACAGCCUAGGAGGAGGAGGUAUUCUAAGUCUCUAUAGACAGCCAUCGGUGGAGCCGGUUGGGCCACUGGGGAAGAAGCCCAGCUCUGGAGCAUCCACAUUCCGACCAGUGCCCAAAGGCAGCAGGUUGGGUCAGGGUGACGGGGCAGAGGGUGACAUUAACAACCAGGAUACCUUGCCCCUUCAUGACACUACUGCCACCAAUUCAUCAGCAGCAGAUUCUGCCUCCCUCAUGCCAGCUCAACCCCAACGGAACUCUUUCUGGUUGGGUAACAGCAGUCUUAAAGGAUUCCUGCCCACACAGACUCCUCCUCCCACAUAUGACAGUGUCAUCCAUGCCUUUCAAGAGGCAUGCACCUGAUGAUGUCACCAUAUGCCGCCUGGGAAUACAUAGGUUAAGUGAUUAUUACAUUAGGGUUUACUGCUGGCAGUCUUUGGAAGAGACAGGGCCCUGUGUUUAUGGAGAACUGUUCCGUUUUGGGUAAGGUGCCCUUUGGCCUUUUGGUCCACCGUCCAUCCUACCUUCUAUUCAGUCUACUAACUAAGAGAACUUCAAAAGAUGGAUUUAAAUAAAUAAAUUGUGCUCUGAUUGACCAUACUAUAGGCCAUGUUUUUUAUUAACUGUUUGUAUCCUAAUGGAAUCUAUGUGCAAUAAGAUUAAGGGGGAUUGUCUAGUAUGGCCCAUAUUUCUGUGAUUUGUUAACAAA